AUGAAUAGCACAGUGGCGUCGUCAAUUGAGUCACCAACUUCUAGAAGGGAUUCAGGAGUCUCUUCUCAUUCUCAGAAUCCAUAUCAGUUUUGGGGCUCAUCGAUGACUCCAGGACCGUUAAUUAAAAAGGAACCCACUCCCGAAAAUUCUAGAUUCGAUAUGAAUUACACUUCCGGAGGAGCGUCUACUUCUGAUUCUCAGAAUCAAUAUCAGUUUUGGAACUCAUCAAUGACUCCAGGACCAUCCAGCGGUGUUAAAAUGGAACCCAUUUCUUUUAAUAUGGAUCUGAAUACUCAAUACAAUAAUCUACCACCAUUACACUCAUGGCAACCGGACCCAUACCCGCUCACGGCCACUCCAGGGCCAUCGAAUCAGCCAUGGAAUGAGAACAGCUUCGGACAGAAGCAGAACUAUAAGUUUUGA